AUGUCAGAAGGAGGAGGUACUGAAGUAUCGACUGUAAUGCGGGAUACUAUCACUGAAAUCGAUCAGACUUUGAUAGAUACCGGCCGUCAGUGGGGUCGUUUGAGAAACGCAGCUGCGUUUUCAUUGUUUCGUGAUUUGCAUAUAAACGAGUCAAUGCACCGAAAACAUGCAAGAAGUGAUUAUAAAGUUUAUGAUUUAAAUAACAGAGUGAUAUUCUAUGUGGUGAACACAACGGCAAUGCCAAUUACAAAAGAUGGUCCAUUUUGUUUGAAAGUGAUGAAUAAGGAUAAAAAGGCGGUCGCUAAAUUCCUCCGAAAUGAACCGAAACGAUCGUACAAACAGACAGGACUAGCCUCUCUCUUUGGGUGCUGCUCUGAUAUUGAAGAUAAAAUGGAAGUACUCGAUGAUAACGGAAAAGUCAUAGCCACCUCAUUUCUUCAUCAUGAUCAAUUUCGAGGGAUAGAGAUUGCAAUGAAAGACCCAACAGGUCAAGUAGUUAUAAAAAUCCGUGGGUCUCGAGAACAAAAAGACGCAUUUUCUGUUAUUUCACCGGAAAAUCGUUUUCUUGGAGAGAUUCGACAAAAGAUAAUUUCUUCUGGAAAUUCAACUGAUAACUAUAAGGGUGUUGCUUGUUGGUUUUCUCCAGAUGUUUCGUUGGAUGUCAAAGUACUCUUUAUGAGUGCAGCGUUUCUGAUAGAAGUAGACUACUUCUCCGAAUCCAAAAAUCGUCAGGCUCCAUUCCGUACUCCUGAAGCAGAUUACCUCAAUCCAAUUAUAAAAACUCCGCCGUACAAUGAUAGAGUUCCAAAAUUGAGAAAAGUUACAGUGAAACCGAAGAAAAAGAAGGGUCCAUCUUCAAAAUCAUCGAAAGAAUCAAGUCGUCAAUCUGAAACCAAAAAAGAACCUCUGAUGAUGCCUGAAAUUCAUCACACAAAACACUUUGAUCCAAUUGGUGGAGAAGAUCCAACAUUUGCAAAAAAAGAUAAAGUUGAGGAAUAUAAGCAAACGGAGACAGUGAAAGAAGAGAUUGAAAUGAAAGGAAUGACAAGAGAACAAUUCAAAAAAGCAGCAGUGAAAGUGGUUGAAUAUCUCAUGAAACAGGAUGAGAAUAUUCGUACCGCCCGUUGUUCGCCAGCCCUCAAACCAGGUUAUUUGAAAGCAUUACUGCCGACGAAAGCUCCAACAAAAGCAGAAGAUAUCGAUGAUAUUCUAGAAGAUUACCACAAAUUGAUUGUUCCGGGUCUUUCUCAUUCCAGUCAUCCAAAUUUUCAGUCAUUUUAUCCUGCCGGAAAUGCAUUUCAUUGUCUUCUUGCUGAUUUACUCGGUGGGCACAUUGGAGAUGCCGGUUUCUAUUGGACAUCGAAUCCAGCUCUCACUGAAUUAGAAGUUAUUAUGAUGGAUUGGUUGGGAGAAAUGAUGGCUCUUCCGAAAGAAUUUCUUCUGUUUCCUGAAGGAAGUCGUGGUGGAGGAUGCAUGCAGAGAUCUGAUACAGAAUCCAACUUUUUGGUUUUGAUUGCGGCUAGAACUGAUAUGAUUCAAAAAAUGAAACAAAGAGAUAGACGUUUACGAUCCUCUGAUAUACUGGCCCGCCUUGUCGCGUACACAUCCUCCGACGCUCGUCGUUCAAUCAAGAAAGCUGCCGAAGUGGCAAUGGUUAAAAUGAGAGUUUUGCCGACAGAUGAGAAUUUUGUUCUUCGAGGAGACACGCUUCAUGCAGCAAUGACUGCCGAUAUCGAAAGAGGAUUGAUUCCAUUCUUCGUCGGAGCAAACUUUGGAACAUCCGGUCCAUGCUCAUUCGAUCAUCUACAUGAAUUGGGUCCAGUGUGUAGAGAUCAUGGAACAUGGCUUCAUGUUGAUGCAGCAUAUGCUGGAACUGCUUUGAUUUGUCCAGAGACACGUGGAUUGAUGAGGGGAAUCGACUGGGCUGAUUCAUUUUGUACCACUCCGAGUAAACUGAUUCUUGCAGUUUGUGAUGUCUGUUGUCUUUGGGUCAGAGAUCGCCAUAAAUUGCAACUUGCUUCACUCGAGAAUCAUCCGGAUCUUCCAUUCAAAGGUCUUCCAACGAGUCAAAGAGUAGGAGCCCUUAAAAUUUGGUUCAUGAUUCGAUCGUUUGGUGUCGAAAAUCUACAAAAUCAGAUCAGAGAGCAUAUAAAACUAGGACAAGCAAUGGCAAAAAUACUUCAGAGAGACUCGAAAUUCGAAGUGUGUAACAAGGUUUUGAUGGGAUUGAUUUGCUUCAGAGCCAAGGCGAAUGACAUGUUUAAUAAGGCACUUUUGUAUAGAUGCAAUGAAACUGGGAAGAUCAGUCUGGCGUCGUGCAUUUUGCAAAACAAAUUUGUGAUCAGAAUGUGCAUUAAUUCUCCAAAAUGUUCUGAAGAAGAUUUGGAAGCGAUAUACAAAUUGAUUUGCCACGAACAUGACAUUUUACACCCGUUCCAAAGUCGCAUCGAAGUUAUGAAUCAGGAAGAGCUUGAACAAUUCAUUCGGGCUCCAGCAAAAGUCCAUUCAUCUGCAGAAGUUUCUCGUCGUUUUCCAGUUAUCAAUCCAUUGGAAUCGAGCAGAAGUUUUGCACAAAUAACAUCUAGAGUUCAAAGUUUGGAAUGUUUAGAUCCACCUCAGAAAAGUUCAAAAUCUCCACAGCCAACAACGGAUCAGCCGCCUUCUUCUUCUUCAAAUGUUCCUCCAAUUCGUACUCCCGCUUUGGAAAAUUCUGAAAAAUCAGAUCAAUAG